AUGGCAUUAGACAUGAGAGAUGGAAGAGCAAGAACUACGGUGAAUCGACAUGCCGUGAUUGACAAACUUGACCUCUAUAAAGAAGACAUAGCUGUUAGAUUUAAGGAAUUUCAAGCAUCAGUCAAGACAGCACUAUCAACGGAACAAAUACGUAAAUUCUUAGAAGCUAACGGCCAAGACUUGUCUGGCUCUAAUGAUGCUCUUCUCCGAAGAUGCCAAGACUUGUUGUUCUAUGGGCCAUUAGGGAAAUGCCCAGUUUGCAAUGGCAAUAAUUUGAAGUUCAAUGGAUAUUAUUGUGAGUGUGCCACUUGCAUCUAUCGCUCAAGGUAUCCACCAAGGAAACGAGGGCCCAUCAAGUACCCUAUUAGCAUCAUCAAGCAAAUCAACCCUCAUUUCAACCCUCAUUUCGACCCUCCUUAUGUGGAAGAUCAAGCGUUCUUCGGCCGUUUAUGGCCUGAAUUUAUUCCCCAACAUGAUCCAUAUCGCCCGGUGGGUAACCGAGUGGAAAUGACACUAACUACAUAUCAAAACGAGGUGGAGAUCAAUGGCUGGAGGAUGAAGAAGAAAACUUUUUGGAUCUAUGUAAUGCGCGGAGAUAUCAAGGCUCAGAAAAAGCACUUGCACGCUUGA